GCGAUUUUCAACAGAUAUUGCUUUUAUUUUUUUGCCUGUGAAGUCCUCUCAAGUGAGUGAUAGAGAGAGAGAGAGAGUGAGAGACGGACUCCUCUAAAGCCUCUAAAAAAUACAAAAGAAAAAGAUAAAGAAAAACACCGGACAUGGAUAAAUCAGCGGCCACGAACUCGGCCACUGCCGAUGGCCAAAACGAGGCAACAGCAGCAGCAGCUGGGUGUGGCAGCAGCAGCAACAACAACGCCAGCAGCAGCAGUGGUAGCAGCACCACCAGCAACAACAACGCCCUGCAGCGUUUGGCAACAACAACAACAAGUGCCGUUGUGGCAUCCCCAAUGACGACGAUCAACCUGAACAUCAGCACCACCACCGGCGGCAACUUCGGCGUCAGCGUCGAGCCGCACAUCAGCGUCGAGAGUCUGAAGAAGAUCAUCGCCAAGAAGCUCAAGGUGGCCAAGGAUCGCAUCUGUCUGCUGCACCGCGAGAAGGAACUUCAGGAUGGCACGCUCAGAGAUCACAACUUAAUGGACGGGUCCAAGAUCAUUUUGAUCCCAAAUGUGGAAACUGGUUUAUUGGCUCAGCGUCCCGAGAAUACGGUUAUGCAAGCGCUGGAAUCGCUUAACGACUCGCAGGUUAAUGACUUCCUCAGCGGCAAGACACCGCUCAAUCUGAGCAUGCGGCUCGGCGACCACAUGAUGCUCAUCCAGCUGCAGCUGAGCACGGUUAAUCCGGCGGGUGGCGGUGGUGCCACAGUGUCUGCGGCCACAGGUGGUUCCACCACCGCUGCCGCCACCACAACGUCAUCGUCAUCGGCGUCUGCAAUGCCAGCUGGCACUGGCUGCUCCACCGGCACAUCCUCAUCCUCCUCCUCGUCGUCGGCUGUGCUGGCGGUGGCAGGAGGAAGCGGAAGCGGAAGCACCGGAACCGGUGGCGCCACCACCUCCUCAUCCUCAUCAUCCACUUCAUCUUCGUCGAGAACACGCUCAUCUGGCCAGCGAUCAAGUGGAAGAAUCGGACAUGGCCACGUGCACAGCCACCAGCAUCCGAGCCUGCAUGCCGCCAACUGGCAUGGACAUGGUCAUGGACACGGGCACAGCCAUGGCCACGGGCAUGGGCAUCAUCAUCACCAUCACCACCACCAUCACCACCAUCAUCACAACGCCUCGGCGGUGGCUGCGGGCAGCGGCGGUGGGAUGUCCUCGCUGCGCAAGAUGUACGGCGAUUUGCCCAGCUCCUCGGGAGCAGCUAAUUCGGGGGCAGGAACCGCCGGCGCCGGCACCACCGGGCAGGCCCAGAACGGACCCGAUCUCACCAAGCUGCUGAUCAAGGGCGGCAUCCAGAAUAUCGUCAAGAGCUUCGCCCUCAAGGAUGCACGACCUGUGGCCUCCAAUGGCGGCGGAGGAUCAUCAAGUCCGGGCAAACCCCCGCUGGAGCCCUCGCCCAUCAAGUCGCUGUCGAAUCUCGUGUCCAGUCCCAUCAAGAUGACGGCCAUCAAGAACAUUCCCCUGCCCACGACGGCUGCCGCCUCGAGUUGCAGCUGCAGCUCCGCCGCCGCCUCCAGCCCGUCUUCUUCUGCUUCUUCCAGUGGUGCCUGCACCGCCGGCGGCUGUCAGCAGGAUCCCAUAGCCGCCAAGCUGACCUCGUGCCUGUGCACGCGCCUGCCCACGCCGUCGGUGGUGCCUCCGCUGGUGGCCCCUCCCGCCUCCGCCGCUGCUCCGGUGGGCAGAUCUGCAUCAGGAGCCACCAGUUCGCCGGGGAAGUGCCCCGAGUCGAGUUGCGGCGGUGCGAAUGCCGGAUUUGCGGCACGUUCAACGGGCGCUGGAGUCACCUUCUCGGGGAAUUCGAUGCUGCACAAGACGGGCAAUAACCGCAUCACCAGGACCAAGCAUCGUCACUACCAUGGACAUGGCCACAGUCACGGUCACAGCAGCAGUAGCCACUAUUACCACCACAGCUGCGCCGGCAACCAGUCGUCGGUUAAUGCAGCCGCCAUUGCCUCGUCUUCCUCAUCCUCCUCGUCUUCCUCGUCGUCGCGUCGCAAGCUGGAACAGGCGAUGGCAGCAGCAGCAGCAGGAGGAGCAUCAUCAUCAGCAGGAGGAUCAUCAGCAGGAUCAGGAGGCUCAACAGCUAGCACCAGCACAGCUAGCGAACCCGAGGACUCGCUGCUGGGCGUGUCGGACACCAGGACUCUGGCCGAGGCCUCGCGGAAUCUCACCCAGACACUGCGCAAACUCUCCAAGGAGGUGUUCACCCACAAGAUCGAUCUGUCCGGCGCCGGCGUGGUGAGCAGCAGCAGCCGCAGCUCGAGCAGCGGUGGAUCCAGCGGAUCCAGUGCAUCCAGUGGAGCCAGUGGCGAGGAGCCGACGCGCAAGGGCGGCUCGGGAGCCGUCAUCGAGUCGAUGAAGAACCACGGCAAGGGCAUCUACUCGGGCACCUUCUCGGGCACCCUGAAUCCGGCGCUGCAGGAUCGCUAUGGGCGGCCCAAGCGCGACAUCUCGACGGUGAUUCACAUUCUCAACGAUCUGCUGAGUGCCACGCCGCAAUAUGGUCGAGGUGCGCGCAUCAGCUUCGAGGCACCGACCACGGGAUCCUCGGUAUCGGGUUCGGGAUCCUCCGGCAGCAGUGGCUCCUCCUCGACGAACUCCUCCAGCAGCGGGAUGCAUCAUGGGUCGCGCAGCAAAGUGUACUCCUCGAAGCAUCACAACUGCGCCAAGUGCAACAGUCGCGCCCAGCAGCAACAGCAGCAGCAGUCGGCUGCUCUGGCCAGCGGCGGCUGCUCCUUCCGUGACUGCCCCAGCUAUCACUCCAGCUCCUCCAAGGCUUCCGCCAGCUCCAAGUCCUCCUCGCACAGCUGCUGCCAGGCGGAGUCGCCCAGCAGUUUGGUCAGCAGUCAGAGCAACGGCUGCAGCUGUCGCUACCGGCGGGAUGAUAACCAGGGUCAAGGAGAGCGCGAGCGGGAGCACACGUGCCAGAAGUGCACCGUGGAGCUGGCCAACAUGAAGACCCGCUCGAAGAUGGACCAGCUGCGCCUGGUGAUGCAGCAGCACAAGCAGAAGCGGGAGGCGCGCAAGCUGAAGAGCGGUCCCUAUGCCACGCCCGCCGCAGCCUCGGCGGCUGGAAGCCUCUCCUCGUCGGCCGCCGGCGGAGGAGUACAGUACAGUGCCGUGAGCGCCCUGGUGGCCACGCCACUGCAACCAGCUGCUGGAAAAGCUGCACCCGCAAGCAACAACAGCAGCAGCAGCAACACCAAUGCCAGCAACAGCAACACUUCGACGGCACCCGCAACAGCAGCAACGGCAGCCGCAGCAGCAGCAACAGCUGCAACAGCAGCACCGCCCAGCGAAGUGUCGCCCAACCACAUUGUCGAGGAGGUGGAUACGGCGGCCUAAAGGCAGCGGCGCCAUCAGCCAGAGCUGCUGACCCUAUCCUAUUUUGUAGCAUUUACUAGUUUACGCAGCAGCAACAAAGAAAGAAGAGCAGACGAGAGAUGAAGGAUAACAAGAGAAACUAGAACCACAACUAAAGCUUAUAUUAAUCUAGAGUUAGUGCUGAACAACACCAAUUCUUAAGUUCGAGGGCCGCUCGUUCAGUUUUCCCACCUUUAAAUAGAGGCAAAGGGAGGAGAAUAUGCAAAAGGAGCACCCGGAAAGUCGAAAGUCGAUAAGCUGUUAAAUUAAUUUUAAGACCUUUAAAAAACAAACAAACUCGCUUCGGUCCAAGCUAAUUAUUUUGGAAGCACAUGGAGCGGAGAGAACAAAUGAAUCAGCUGCUGGAGGCGAAAUCCUUUAAUGUUUUGUAAAAUAAAUUUAGUGAAAUUUGUUGUGUGCAACCCAGGCAAACGCAAAGUUGAGCAAUUAACAAUUUGAAUCGCAAAAGAAAGAAAUAUGAAGAAGGGAAAGAAGUAAUAAUGGAAAUGAUUAAUACAUAGAAUUAAAUGUAAAGCGUAUGCACAGACUAUGCUGAGUGAAAUUGUAAGCCAAAGCGGUGGCAAAUUUUGGUUGAACUAAAACGGAAUUUAGAUUUAAUUUUAGACACACCAAAUCAAAUCGAACACACAAUCACACACACACACCUGGCUUUGGCAGCUUUAUGUUAUGUUUAACUUUAGUAACCGACGAGCUGCAACUGCAGCUGCGAAGUGGCGCUUUAACCUAAUUUGCCUUAAUAGAAAAUCGUUUUUCACCUAUUUUUUUUGUAUACUUUAUCACCAAGAAUGUGUUUCGAAACGCGCCGGGAAAGACGAGCGACGAAUUGAAUUUUGUUCACCAACAACACACCUAUACUAUUGAAUUAGUUAGUAAGACUAUGUUUUCUAUUCAUUUUACACCUAUAAUUAUGAAUUACACGCAUAAAUAUUAAUUACUGAUUGGAUUAGCUUAAGUUGCGCAACAGAAGCGUCUAAGUAGAGUUAUAAUUUAAACACAAGCAAUUACUUUUUUUUGUCCUACACCUACUAUUACCCAAAUACCCAAUUCAAAUAAUGCAAUUAGUUGUAGGCGAGUUUAACUUUUGAGUUGGUUUCAUUUGUCUUUGCCUUGUGUGCACCACAACACAACAAUACUUGAUUUCAAUAAAUGUUUAGUAAAUGGUUUAGUUAACUAAUUUCCUUUGUUUAUUAUUUUGGAUUUUUGGUUCUUUUUUUCAUUGUUAUUUUUCAGCUUAUUUUCGGGCUGCAUAUUGUGCAAUACAAAAUACAAAACACACUCGUAAACGAAUAGGAGAACGAAUGAGCAAGUGACCAUCAAGCAUUUUGAUUUGAUUGACUCUUUUAGAAAUGAUGUGCCAAUUGCAAAUACAAAACAUAUGCGUAGAUAUGUGGAACCUUAGUAAGAAUUGUAAAUUAUAUAUAUUAGCCUAUAUAUAUAUCCUUCUCACACACACACACUCGACGAAGGGCGAGGAGUAUCGAACUAAUUGAAACUUUUUAUCAAAGAAAACCCCAACUUGACAAACAUAUAAAGGCAUCAGAAAAUGAAAAAAUGAGAAAAUGUGUUUGUAAGUCGUAGUAGUAAUUAAGUGCUAAGUAAAAGUUAUGUGCAAUUUAUACAAACAUCCGUUUCUGUUUCUAUAGUUUCCCUUCUAUACCCCCAUUAAUCCAUUCUAUCUAUACAUAAAGCUUUCCAUUUAUCUCUACAUAACGAAUCCGAUAGUUAUAUUAGCAUUAGGAGACGCAUAAGUUCGAUGUACGAUAACAAAUAUAGAAAUAUAGAAUUAGGCUUAGACGAAGGGCACCAAAGGCAGGAUAUAUCGAUAAGAAUGAGGAUAAUGAGAAAGAGAAAGGAUAAAAGGACAGAAGCAUUGGAUUGUGGAAAUCGGAAGACGGAGGAACGCUGAGACGGCUUUGCAAGGGCAUUACUUUGGUUCAGACGGGAUUUUGGUUAGAUUGAUUGAUUCAGAUUUGGAUUCGGACUCGGUUGGAUAAUUUCAGCAUAUCUGCGUGAUUUUCUAACAAGUACAAACACACAAACGAUGAGAUUUUUUACAUAUAUAACAUAGUUCAAAUAUUUACACACACCCCCAAUUCACUCGAUAAGAAAUUGAACCCAAAACAUAUGCGCAAUAUUUGCUGAAAACGAAGAGAGAAUGAAACACUUACAACUUUUGAAUUGUAAGCUAAAUUAAAUUUUUGUCUCACUCAUUUUGAAUAGUUAAAAUUUAUCCAAAAUAAAGUCCCAGGCCCAAAAAACUCGUAUAUAUAUUCACACAUAUAGAAAGACAUAUAUAUACACAUAUAUUUUUGAAUUGACAUUUUGCGUCUUUUUUGUUGACAUCUUCUAAAUCUUAAAAAAAAAACUAUUAUCAAAGCAAAAUUAAUGAAAUUAGCUAAAUUAUUACAGGCCCUUGAGCUGAGUAACGGUUGAGAACAUCGCAACUGUAAAUCGAUAAUGUUUCUCCACUCGCGUUCCCCACAAACUUAAAAAACGAAAAAUGUAUAAAAACGAUGUAGAGGAUCCAGGAUAUUGGAGAAAGUUUAUAUGGUAACCAAUAGUUGUUAAGUGGGUUCGCAUCGGGCGAACUUAGAUAAAUUUUAAUGCAGCUUCUUGAGGGCUUCUAAGUAAGCAGAACACAUAAAUGCCCCAAUCUCCAACAAAUGGGGUUCUAGGAGCUGAAAAAUUAGCAGGCGUUUGACAUCAAACAGAGUUGAAUCGAAUGCAUUUCAAUGACUUUGUCGGUUGUCAUUGGCAUGGAAAGCGGAAGCGGAAAUGGCGUCGCCAUUCUUUUUUUUGGGAAAGUGCACAUUAACACACACACAUAUAGAACAAAAAGUACGAAUAAGAUGCAAAAUUAAUGGGAAACUUGUUUGUCAUAAAAAUCCAAUUUUGAUUGUUGUGUGUGCAGAUUAAAUGACCGUGAACAUAUUACUUAUAUACACAAAUAUAUAUAGAUGCAUAUACAUAUAGAUAUACACACUUUGCCAUAGCCAAAACCGGAAAAAUAAAAAAUGAACUCGGAAAAGAAGUUGGAAAUCAAUUUCUUACAAUUGCAUGUAUAAAAUGAUACAAAGUAAGCAAAUGAAACAAUGCAAGUAAAAGUAUUCGUCAAUAAACAUUAUUUCCAAACACA